CGCUCAGAGAGACUGAGUUACGCACUGGGGAACAUCCGCUCGGGGAAUCCAAUGCCUUUUCAGCUCAUUAUACUGGAUAAACACAUCACUAACUGUCUGCGGUAAAGAUAGUCAAGGAUCAGAUACCUGUAUGCUGGAAAUAUUAACAAGUCGUCUGGCACUGGAUUGGAGGAGUUUGAGUUGAAUCUGAUGAAAAAUAUGUAAAGAUGGCAACUAGUUCCCUAGAUUUCCUGUGAAGGACCAGCAAGGGGGCAAAAUGGGGAAUGCCAUGCGAGGUGUUAUUGCCUUCAUUCCGUCACAACGCUGUCAACGCUUCUUAGUGGGGGACCUGCAGGAGAUGCCACUUGAUCGGACUCUGGACUUGAGUAACCGUCAGUUGCGCCAGUUACCUGUCGCUGCUUGUGUGUUUUAUGAACUGGUGAAGCUCUAUUUGAGCAACAACAACCUCAGCACCUUGCCUAAUGAACUGCGCCAACUGAGAAACCUUCAGCUCCUGGCCCUUGACUUUAACUGCUUUGAAGAGCUACCAGUAGCUGUCUGCAGACUACCUCAUCUUAGCAUCCUUUACUUGGGUAACAACAGACUCUACCACCUCCCCGAUGAACUCCAGGAGCUCAAGGAACUUAACACCCUGUGGCUGGAGACAAAUUGCUUUACAGUAUUCCCGAAAGUGGUUUGUGAGCUUCCCAAUCUCAAGACCCUGCACCUUGGCUACAACCAAAUACGCUGCCUACCGUAUGAACUUAACAGGCUGGAAGAGCUGAGAAGUAUCUGGCUGGCUGGUAACGAGCUGACAGAGUUCCCGCCAGUGUUGUUGGAAAUGCACUUCCUCGCUGUCAUUGAUGUGGAUCGAAACAAAAUACACAGCUUCCCCCCGCUCUCUCAUUUGCAGGGCCUAAAACUUGUAAUAUACGACCACAAUCCAUGUGUUAAUGCCCCAAUGGUAGCUGAAGGAGUUCGAAGGGUCGGGCGCUGGGCGGACUGUUCUGACGAUGAGCAAGAAGAUGAGGUUUCCAAAGCCAAGGUCAUAGAGAUCGAGCCGCAGAUGGAGCUCAACAUGUAAGGUCAAGGAACAAAGUGACAUUCAGCUGUGGCGAGGUCCUGGAAGCCCAGGACGCCACUCAAGUGUAUCACUUGAACCACAGGGGUGUGCAGUGCCUACAUACCGCUGGCAUUUCAGCCAUAUAUGGGAAAGCAAAAUGUAACG